AAAAUCAGUUUGGGGCUUAACGGGAAGAAACGCUGGCCGAUAGGUGGCGCACUAGCAUCCGCUUCCACUGCCAGAGAGAAAAACAUUAAGAACACGGCCACAGAAAAUAUUCUUUCUUAUUCCCUUCCGGUCUGUACUGUUUGGUCCCUUGUGUUGGACAGGCGACCUAUCACAAUGAAGAUUAACAAGUUAGUGUCCGCCUCACGCAAGAAGAGCCGCAAGAGGCACUUCACAGCUCCCUCUCACGUCAGGAGGCAGCUCAUGUCUGCUCCCCUCUCCAAGGAACUUAGACAGAAAUACAGUGUCAAGUCCAUGCCCAUCAGGAAAGAUGAUGAAGUCCAGGUUGUGAGGGGACACUACAAAGGCCAGCAGGUUGGCAAAGUGGUCCAGGUAUACAGAAAGAAGUUUGUAAUUUACAUCGAGAGGAUUCAGCGUGAGAAGGCCAACGGUGCUAGUGUCUAUGUUGGCAUUCACCCCUCCAAGUGUGUGAUUGUUAAACUGAAGAUUGACAAGGACCGUAAGAACAUCAUUGACAGAAGAUCGAAGGGCCGCCUUGCAGCUCUUGGCAAAGACAAGGGUAAAUAUUCUGAAGAGUCUACCGCCAUGGAGACAUCAUAAUUUAAGCUGUGAAGUGGUCAAUAAAUUUAUUUCUAAAAUCCA